UUGCAUCAUUGUGUGGUCUCCUGCGUCAUUCCCAGUGGUUUUCUUUGGACAUAUUUGGAUAUUUCUUGGUGGACAUCUUUAAGACCUUAUCAAAGCACUCCUGAGAUCCCCAGCAACCUUUCUCCUAUAAUCUAUGUUGUUAGAAAUGCAUCUUUCAAUCUGAGGAGUGAUGUAAACCUGACAUGCAGCGAUCAUAAUUGGAAUGAAAGCAUUUAUAUCAUCUGGAACAUGACCUUGAAACGCAAGGAAAACAGUAAUUGUACAAUAUCCUUCGCCCUUACUGGUGAAAGUAAAAACACCUGCAACGACAGGAAGUCUCUUCGAAACAAGUCCAGCUCUCAGUCAUACCUGCACAUCCCAAACUUCUCGUAUAAUGAUGUUGGGGUCUACAAUUGCCAGUGGAGUUUCAGAGGAGGAAUUCUAGAUGUUCAGAUCAAUGUGGCUGUUACAGUUCCUCCCAAAGUAUCGAUGUGGUUGGAGCGUAAGGAGAACAGGACAGUGGCAGUGUGCAAAGCUGAAAGUGGAAACCCUGCUGCAAACAUCAGCUGGAGUCGUGCUGGGAACUGUAAGUCAAAUGUUUCAUUUGACUCCCAGGGUCUUUAUACAGUGGAAAGUAAACUGGAGGUCCUUGACGAAGUAGAUGCCGCAAACCUGAGCUGUAUUAUCAGACACCCCUGUUGGAAAGAGGAAAAAAUGUUGCAGGAGCCCAAAAAAGGAAAGAUUCCAUUGCUGUACAUUCUUAUCGUUGUGAUAAUCGUCGUGUUAUUGGCAGGAUUAUUAUUCAUUGCAGGAAAGAAACUGAGAAUGUUGAGGCUCUGCCAGCACACAGACUCAGCCAAAGCUCCACCUACUGAGGAUGUGGAGGAAGUGGAGCCAUAUGCGAGCUACGUUCAACGUGUGAACUCAAUCUAUAACUCAUCUGCUGAUUUGUUCACAUAAAAUUCUGCAGUUUCAUGACACAUGCAACACUGAAAUGCAUCUGGCUCUCUGUGAGCAAACCAAGGCUGUGAAACUGUGGUAAAAAGAAAAACGUGAGGGAUGUAACAAACAUUGAUGAGAAGUGAAGCUGAAUGAGUGCAUGACUGAUGGAAAAGGGGACUUACCUGACACCACAAACCUGCUCCAUGAUCCACACCUCUAUGCGAGGGUGUCAUUGAGACUGUUAAUAAACCACAAUGCACUUGUAUAACAAAGAACAUGGUCUACAUCUGGAUGCAGCACACAGAGACUACAGACAGACUUUUGUAUGCCUGUUAACACAUGUUCAUUCUUAUAACACAUUUAUAAACCAACUCUAAAGAGGUAUUCAUCUUUGAAACUAAUAAAAGUGCUAUGACGCGAACAAAGCUA